AUGGCGUCCAAGGCAGCAUACUUGAGACGACUUAGUCUCUUGGCCAUAGGCAUUCUAGUGCUGGCACUCGUCUGUGCGUCGCAAGGACACACUUCCGCGCAGUCGCCCGAAAGCGCUGCUAUCAAUUUCCCGGACCUUUACGAGGCAUCUAUCGCCGAGCUGCAAGAUGGUCUUGAACGGGGUCAUUUCACUAGCGUCGAUCUCGUCAAGGCGUACUUUGCCAGGAUAGAGGAAGUGAACUUGCAAGGGCCGACUUUGCGUGCCGUCCUCGAAACGAACCCAAGCGCACUACGCCAAGCGGCUGAGCUCGAUCUUGAGCGAAAGUUGAUAGGACCUCGGGGGCCAUUGCACGGUAUCCCGAUCCUACUAAAAGACAAUAUCGCUACACUGCACAGCGAGGGUAUGAACACUACUGCAGGCUCCUUCGCACUUCUUGGAUCAGUUGUCCCGCGCGAUGCUCACGUCGCAGCGAAGCUUCGCGCAGCGGGCGCAAUCAUCCUGGGCAAAGCGAACCUCUCGGAGUGGGCGCAUUUCCGCGGCAGCGUGCCCUCUGGAUUCUCCGGACGCGGCGGGCAGGCUACGAGUGCAUACGUACCUCUCGGAGACCCCUCAGGUUCGAGUUCUGGAAGCGGUAUUGGGACCUCUAUCGGCCUUGCGGCAGCGGCCUUGGGCACGGAGACCGACGGCUCGAUCAUUUCUCCUAGCAACAUGAACAACCUCGUUGGUAUCAAGCCGACUGUAGGACUGACCUCAAGAGCAGGAGUGGUGCCGAUAUCGGAGCAUCAAGACACGGUAGGACCAAUGGCGCGUUCCGUCGCGGACGCCGCAGCCAUCCUCUCUGUGAUCGCCGGACGAGACCCGCGGGACAACUUCACGCUUGCACAACCGCUGGUGGUGCCAGACUACACCAAAGCCCUGAAAACAGAUGGUCUGAAGGGCGUUCGUCUCGGUGUGCCCAGGAAGUUCUUCACCAGGACGAACGCCAACAUCGUAGCUGCGUUCAACGCAUCGCUGGAGACGAUCCGGAACCUGGGUGCCACGAUCGUAGACCCCGCAGACUUCCCCGAUUUCGCGGAGCUGGAGGCGUCAAGGAAUGAGAGCAUUGUGACGCAGACUGACUUCAAGGUCCAGGUCAAUCAAUAUAUCGCAGAGCUGCUGGACGUACCGACUGGUGUGAAGAACUUGGCAGAUCUCAUCGCGUUCAACAUCGCUCAUGCCGACGAAGAGUUAAUUCCACCUUUUUACACUGAUCAGUCAGAGUUCAUCUCUUCGGAGAACACGACAGUUAACCAAGCGUUCUUCGACGCGGUCGCAGCAGACAAGGAUCUGGGGGCGACGCGCGGUAUCGACGCCACACUCAAGGCGUUCAACCUGGACGCCCUGUUGCUGCCCAGCGCUGUGGCACCCGGACCUGCGGCUAUCGCAGGAUACCCAAUCAUCUCCGUGCCCCUUGGAUUCCUUCCGCCGAACACAACACUCGCACCAGCUCAGCCGACGCGCUCGAGCGGCCCGAACCAGCCUUUCGGAAUUGCGUUCAUGGGAACCGCGUUCAGCGAAUUCCACCUGAUCUCGUUCGCGUUCGCGUACGAGCAGUCUACCCACAACCGGCUGAAGCAGCUCGCCUUCCCGGAGGCGAUCCCAAAAACGCAGCUGGCGGACAUAGUCGGAAAGUGA